ACCCAGCAGCCCGCCACCCGCCCGGUGUCCCUCCUUUCCAGCUAUUCAGCCUCCUCACCGGUCUUCCCAUCAUCCGCCCCUAACCCAUUACGACCUCCACUCAAAGUUUCCUUGGCAGAGACGCCUGGGCGCAGCGGCUGGAGCCAAGACGCCGCGGUGGAGGGCGAUCCUCGGCGUGGCUCUACUGCCUGCCGGCACCUGCUCCGCACCAAACGCGCCGGAGCGCAGGUUUUCCUACUUGGCGGGAGCAGGGGGAGGGGUGCGGUGGAGAGAGAAGAAGCCUAGGCUCUUGACAGAAUACACAGCUUGGCUGCCCAACGCAUUUGUGGGGUCACGGAAGAAAACUGGAUCCGCAGCCAAGUUGCCUGAGCAGGAACAGGGGAGGUUUCCACUGCCACCGAGGUUGUCCCUGUCUCCGUCACAACAGGCGUGAGGGUUUAGAGAUGCCUUGGCUGCCAGGGCUUUAGAAUCCAACAUUUCCUCCUUGGCCCCUGUGAAAGAAAACGCCAAGAGAGCUGAGACAGGGGGACGCCUGGAAGGAGACCCCGGACUCCAGUGCGCUUCAUCCUCCUUGGCUUUGGAUUUUAAGGACACGAAGGGACACCAACAGCAUCUCAAGGAUAUCUACUGAGGAUGGUUUCAAGAUGUAGAAUCCUUAUAUGUAAAGUACCCAGAAUGAAGCUGAAGAAUCUCUGUUGACAGUACUUCACGUUGCGCAAGGAGUUCCUCACCAGAGAACCCCUGCAACACCCUGCAUCCUAUUGUGAGUCUCAGCCCCGACGUUUUCCAGUGUGGAGAAGUUGUGAGGGAUCUAACGUCUCUUGAGAAGGAAUUGACGAGUGACACGGGAAGACAGCAUCAUGAGCUUUAAGGACUUCUAAGCUGUUCUGCAAAUUUUGAAACAUAUGAGCAUAGUAAGAGAAUUAUUUUAAGAAGUCUCUAAGGCAAAGAGCACAGGUGGCCACCACCAGCAUGAGGAGCCCGGUUCAAAUUGAUGAAGUAAAAGAAGCAAAAUGCAGCAUUCAAGGCAUGUUUCAAGAUACUGGCUUGUGGGACUUUGAGAGAAGUUGCUACCUGUGACACGCUGGAAGUAUCAUGAUCAACUACUCGGUUUGGAUUUCACCCAGUGGCCAUGAGCUUUGUGUGGUAGACAGCAGGGGUUGGAUUUUUAAAAAAGAGCAAACCAGGCCCGUAACCAAGGUGUAGACUAAGAACUGGAGCCAUGCUUCACACGGCCACACCAUGCUGGCAGCCGUUCCUGGGUCUGGCUACGGUGUUCCUCCUCGUGGGAUCCACCAUCGGCUGUCCUGCUCGCUGUGAGUGCUCCGCCCAGAACAAAUCUGUUAGCUGCCACAGAAGACGUUUGAUUGCCAUCCCAGAAGGCAUUCCCAUUGAGACCAAAAUCUUGGACCUCAGCAAAAACAGAUUAAAAAGCGUCAACCCUGAAGAAUUCAUAUCAUAUCCUCUCUUGGAGGAGAUAGACUUGAGUGACAACGUCAUCGCCAAUGUGGAGCCUGGGGCUUUUAACAACCUCUUUAACCUACGAUCCCUCCGCCUGAAAGGCAAUCGCCUUAAGUUGGUCCCGUUGGGAGUGUUCACAGGACUGUCCAAUCUCACCAAACUUGACAUUAGUGAGAAUAAGAUUGUUAUUUUGCUGGACUACAUGUUCCAGGAUCUACAUAACCUGAAGUCUCUAGAAGUGGGGGACAAUGAUUUGGUUUAUAUAUCACACAGGGCCUUUAGCGGACUACUUAGCUUGGAGCAGCUCACCCUGGAGAAGUGCAACUUAACAGCAGUACCAACAGAAGCCCUUUCCCACCUCCGCAGCCUCAUUACCUUGCAUCUGAAGCAUCUUAAUAUCAACAAUAUGCCUGUGUAUGCCUUUAAAAGAUUGUUCCACCUGAAACACCUAGAGAUCGACUACUGGCCUAUGCUAGAUAUGAUGCCGGCCAAUAGCCUCUAUGGUCUCAACCUCACCUCCCUCUCCAUCACUAACACCAACCUGUCCACUGUCCCCUUCCUCGCCUUUAAACACCUGGUAUACCUGACCCACCUUAACCUCUCCUACAAUCCCAUCAGCACUAUCGAAGCAGGCAUGUUCUCUGACCUGAUCCGCCUACAGGAGCUUCAUAUAGUGGGGGCCCAAUUGCGCACCAUUGAGCCUCACUCCUUCCAAGGGCUCCGCUUCCUCCGUGUGCUCAAUGUAUCUCAGAACCUGCUGGAAACAUUGGAAGAGAAUGUCUUCUCCUCCCCUAGGGCUUUGGAGGUCCUGAGCAUUAACAACAACCCACUAGCCUGCGACUGCCGACUCCUCUGGCUCCUACAGCGACAACCCAACCUACAGUUUGGGGGCCAGCAGCCCAUGUGUGCCGGACCAGACACUAUCCGUGAGAGGUCAUUUAAGGAUUUCCAUAGCACUGCUCUUUCUUUUUAUUUUACCUGCAAAAAGCCCAAAAUCCGUGAAAAGAAAUUACAGCAUCUCCUAGUGGAUGAAGGACAGACAGUCCAGCUGGAGUGCAAUGCUGACGGAGACCCACAGCCCGUGAUUUCCUGGGUGACACCCCGAAGGCGUUUCAUCACCGCCAAAUCCAAUGGAAGGGCCACUUUGUUGGGUGAUGGCACCCUGGAAAUCCGUUUUGCCCAGGAUCAAGACAGUGGGUUGUAUGUUUGCAUUGCUAGCAACGCUGCUGGGAACGACACCUACACAGCCUCCCUCACUGUGAAGGGAUUCACUUCAGACCGCUUCCUUUACGCAAACAGGACCCCUAUGUACAUGACCGACUCCAAUGACACCGUUUCCAACGGCACUAAUGCCAAUACUUUUUCCCUGGACCUUAAAACAAUACUGGUAUCUACAGCCAUGGGCUGUUUCACAUUCCUGGGAGUGGUUUUAUUUUGUUUUCUCCUCCUUUUUGUGUGGAGCCGAGGAAAAGGCAAGCACAAAAACAGCAUUGACCUCGAGUAUGUGCCCCGAAAAAACAAUGGUGCUGUUGUGGAAGGGGAGGUGGCUGGACCCAGGAGGUUCAACAUGAAAAUGAUAUAAGGGCCCACCACACACCCUACUGUCUUGUGUCCCUGUUGGUCAUGAGUAAGACAUCUGACGUAGUGAACCACAAGGUUAUCAGGCAGCUUCGUGCAGCUGUCCCUGUGUCAAAGCAGGGUUCAUGGAAGCAGAAGGACUCCUUACGGAUACUGGCCAGUUAGAGGCAGGCAGGCAUGUGUCAUAGCCCUUCACACAAUGGGAUACUAAUUGUUUGCAUUGCAAAUGUUGGCAUUCUGGGGAUCUCAGUAACGAACCUGAACCUUUGGCUCAUGCUGAUGGACAACAAUUCAACAUUUUCUACCACUGCAAAAACAAAAGAGAAAAAUAAAAGAGAACAACCUACAGUGUAGGAUUUACAUAUUAAAAAGACACAUUUGUCUAAAAACAUACUCUACAGUAAAAUUUGUAUUUAUUAUUAUCAUUUGUUAAAACCUUGCAUCAUACAAUACUAUUGGUUCAGUACCAAAAAGAGAUUAAUAUAUUCCUUUUUUUUGAAACAUAUAUGCUGUAUAUGUUUUAAAGCAAUAUGAAUGAGAGGUCGUGCUUUUAGUUACUCACCAGUAUAGAUCCAAGUGUGAUUUCACCUUCCUUUUACCCACCAAUAUCUGAGGCUAGAUCCCUGGAGUAACAGGCAGAGAUGUGUUGAGAUGUGUAUGUCUGAUGUAGGAUGCCAAGAAACAGGACCCAAGUCAAAUCUGCUCAACUCUGUUAACUUCUGUUACUAUAAAUAAAGGCAUGUGCCUAGUUUUGAUACAGAAUGGAAUAUUUUUUAUACAUACACUACCAACCUGGACCAGUUUACUGUAACAGAAGCCUUUGGGUUUCUCCAGAAGGUGGGAUAUCGCUAGAUGUACCUGUAAAAUGCAAGGUAGGUGUCAUUCAUAAAAAUACUCCAUUUAGCUAGCCCUUAGUUUUACUUCCACCAGUCACUGUUCAUGGGUUAAUGACAAAUGGAAAAAGGAGUAAUGAUUAUAUUUAAUUAUUUGGCAAUAUUCAUCAGUAGUUGCUAUCAAUAAUUCUGUGGUCCAAAAGCUCUCCGAAUAAGGAGUUUUCAGAAGUCAACAAAAAGCAGGGUGAUCCAAGCACAUCAUGACAGCGACGCAACCAGUGAUUUCUUUCAGAUGUGACAGCUACCUGCCAGAUAGAUACAAGUUAAAGUCGCACACAGCACAUGACACCUCCAAUUUCUCGAUUUAAGUACCAUAUACAUCAUAUGACCACAAUUAGACAACUUC